ACCAUAAUGCAGUAGCCCUAUCAACCUAGACAUACAUGUGGACUACUACACAUCAGCUAUAAAGAGUAAACCAAAUACAACAUAGUGAUGCAUUUAGAUUACAUCCCAUCAUUUCUUUUCAGAACCUCUUCAUGACUAAAUUGGAGGAGCAGAACAUACAGCUGCAAGUCAAACUCGCCCACAUGGAGCAGCGACUCAAUGAUGUGAGCGAAGAACUCUGUGCCUGCAAAGAGAAGACACACGUCUGUCCCGCAGGUGAUAUACUGAUCUGCGACCGGUGCUACAGCCUCCCUAAUAUUUAUGUUAAAAAAAACUACACUGAAGCCAGGUCUGUCUGUCAAGCUGCCGGCGGGCACCUGGCUAUGCCUAAGGACAAGAAAACAAACGACUUCCUGGCGCGCGUUCUCCAGAGUCUCUUCAUGUUCGUCGGUCGACGUCGCCACUCGGUCUGGAUUGGUCUCACCGACAGAUCUGAGAUGGGAACUAGCUGGAUGUGGGAAGACGGGACGCCGCUUGCUGGCUGGAACAACUGGGCGGCGGGGCGACCUCAGAAUCCUCUUCAUGGCGCCUUUUGUGCUUGCUGGGACGAGUUUCAUGGCUACAAUUGGAAUGAUGCACAGUGUGGCUCGGAUGAUUUUAAUUAUUUGUGUGAAAAACCUGCUACUGUUAAACCAUAGUCAAAAGUUCUGAUGGCCGGCAAUAGGUUUGAAGUUCGUAAAAACUUCCAUGCCAUGUAUUGUCUGAUGUAUUGUGUUAAACUUUAUAUUUCUACACUUUCCGUAAAUUUUAUGUAUGCUCGU